AUGGACUUUCGCGGCAGGAGGCACGAGCGAGGCAGCAACUGGACCGACCCGGAGAUAGUGGAGCUGCUCCAGCUGUGGUCCGAUGAGUCGGUCCAGAUCGAGUUGGAGAGCUCAUUGCGCAACCAGCGCGUCUUUGACCGCAUCGCCCACAUCUUGCGCGAAAAGGGCAUCUACCGCACCGGGGACCAGUGCAGGGAGAAGAUCAAGAAGAUGAAGCUGGAGUACCGCCGCAUUAAAGACAACUACAAGAUGAGGUCCUGGAAGUUCUAUGAUGUGAUGGACAGGGUGCUGGCGAACCGACCCGCCGUCACGUACUCAUCCCUGGGGGGUGCUGUUAUCGCUCAACAGGUUUUUCAGAGUACAAGCGGGUCUGAGUCUUAUUCUCAAGGACUCCCUGCAGGCUCCUUUGGUCCUGCUUGCACAGGUGGGUUUCUAUUUGGUCAGCCUCCAAAACCUGGAGAUCCCCUGGAUAUUAAAUGUGAAGAUGUUGAUGACAGCAUGCUAAACUCAGGUGUUGCUCCCCCUGAGAUGUAUUAUGGAUCUGGGGAUGAUCAGGAAACUGAUGGACAGUCUCUGCUUGAGCCAGAUGACACUCUGGGUGUGAGAGCGAGCUCAGCGAAUGCAAGAAUCUCACCUUCAGGUUAGAAAUGCAAACUAUCAGUUUAUUGUAACUAUUACAGCCAGGGAUGUAGGGGAGACCGGGGCUUGUUGUCACACUUUUUACACUCUUAUAUAGCUCUUGGAAUCAAAACAUCAUAUGUAAACAAAGUGUGUACCACACGAAAGACCAAAGUCUCAGGUAUAAAUGUUGUAUUCAUGUCAUUUUUAUAUCUUGUGUCAGUGCAGAGUUAUAAGUAAUCAAAUAGAGAGUGUGAACAUGUGACAUGUUGCCCCUCCAUUGGGUAAGUUGUCUCACUACAUGGGGUAAGAUGUCACAGUGGAUUUUGCAGCUAAUGAAACAAGGACAAAGUUGUUGUUCUCAUUUUUUUACUUGAAAGUGAACAUCAAAGUUAGACACAGAAAAUGUUUCUCAUUGAGCUAGAAAAAGUCAUUGAACAAACAACCUAUAAUAUUAUGCAACAUACUCUGGAGUUUGGAGGGCUGUCUGACUCUGUAUUUCGGCAGGGAUGAAUGUUUAGCUGUACUGAGUCAAGGUAUGGUGGUUGAUAUUAAAGUCCUUCAUUGUACUCCAGGUUGAUUUUUUAGUUAGGGUCACCUGCCUGACUGCCCUCAGCAUCACGUCAGGUACUGCACUGCCAUGUUCUUUUUUUUUUUUUUUUAAUUCCUGACCAUGUCUCCUCUUCUUUAAACCACUCUUUUCUCAAUAAAAGUCAAUAUUCCAAUAUGACAACUGCUGAAAAGCAGACUGUCUAUGUUGAUUUUAAUCCCUUUUAAACACUGAGGUAUGACAGAAUGCCGUAAACUCUCAUCUAACAAGUUCACAUGUAUCACUGCUAGGAUUUUUAUCUGGAAGAAGCUCAUUUUAAAAUAUAUAAGGUCAAUUGUUUUUACUUUGGGUUGUGCGAAAUGGUUAAUUGGCACUCAUCUCAGCUCAUAAUGUGCUCUCCUCUUUUCAGACAGGACACGACCCCUGACCAUGUAAAGGAAGAAAACUAGUAAUCCACUUUUUAUUUGCGCCUGCUGGUGGCAAAGAUAAUUGCAAUGUGACAACUUACCCAUGUGACAACAAGCCCCGGUCUCCCCUACAGUAGGAGCGUGACAUUAUGUUGAUAACUUUUUUCUUUCUUCCACAUCCACAGGUUUCAGUGAUGUGAACACCGUAGGCUCUGCCUCAGCUGCCACCCAGUCUGUUGGUGCUCCUAUGCCAGAGGACACAUCUGAGCAGCUCACUAAAGAAACUCCUCACCCCCAUUCCUCUUUGAGACAGAAGAAACGCCGCCUGGGUGGGAGGACAUCAAGGGGCCACGAUGGUGCCAGAUGUGGCAGCCAGAGCCGUCUGGAUAAGGCUCUGGUCAACUUCCUGAACUGGCAGCAGUCAGCAGAAGAGCGGCUCCUCUCCCUGGAGGAGACGCGGCUGGAGAGGGAGUUUGAAGCAGAGGAGCGAAGGGAGCAGAGGGAGGACAAAAGGGCGGAACAGGAGCGCCAACAUGAGCUCCGCCUGUUCAGCAUGCUCACAGGGGCAUUGGCUGCUGUCAGACAGAGCGCUCCAACCACUGCAGCAACACCAGCUGACCCCUCCCUCUCAUCUCCUGCUCACCGGUCUGUGUCUCUGAUAACCACAGCUGCCCCCUCUGUCUCCACUUUACUCUCUCAUCUACCUUCAGAAGCUGCUACCACACAGGCUACUGUCACUCAGGACACAAUCAAUUCAACAUUUGAACCAUUGAAGGCCUCCAAAAUGUCUCAGAAUAAUUCAGCUGCGAAGAAAGUCGAUGGAGCUCUGACAACCAGCGCGUACCUGUCCAACCGUGGGAACAGCAUCAGGCAGCAUCCAAGCAUUCUUACAGAGGGCUUUGUCCGAUAUGGAAUGGACAAACACCACAACACUGAUAACCCUGAUGUGAGUCUCUGCAGUGCAGUUUCUUUUAUUCAGUUUGAAUGUGUCCGAAACAGGAUACCACAGCUAUCAAUGAAAAGAUUUUCCCUUUUCUAUCCACUCUCAGGGCAUAAUCAACCUCGGUACCAGUGAAAACAAGUUGUGCAAUGAUGUUCUUCUCAAACGGGUAAGAUGAAAAAACAAGCUGAUUAAGAUAGGAAGAUUUUAUGAAGCUAUGGAGUGUGUUAAUGAUUAAAUGAUUUCACCUGUGUUUAACCGAGCUUCAUUGUCUCAUCUGUACCAGCUGACCCAGCCUGACAUGCUUCAUGUUGAGCCAUCCCUACUCCAAUAUGCAGACUCAAGAGGACACUUAUUGUAAGUGAUAUAAGUUGACCUUUGCUGUCAUUUAUGUGAGCUGUAUGUAAUGUUUAAUUUAUAUUAUCCUCUCAGAGUGAAGUGCCACCCUCUUGAAACCCUUUUAACUUCUUCUCUUUCAGCCUGAGACAGGAGGUGGCGAAGUUCCUGACUCAUUACUGCCAAUCUCCAAAGCCACUGAAAGCCGACAAUGUGAGUGAAGAUAUUUGACUUUGACGUGCUUUACUAACUUUUGUGGCCAUGGAGGACAAAAACAUUGUUUUAGGGACAGUAGGCACAUUUUAAUAUGUUUACAGUACACCCGCUCAUGCCAAGAGGGUGACUGGACAGAGAUGGUUUCAUCACUCUAUAUUGUGGAUGAUAAGCAUCUCUCUAAACAACGCCUAUAGUCCUGGUAAUUUAGGUCAAGCUAAUGAUUAAAUUCUAGGUAUUUAAAGAGUGACUCCCAGGUGGACUUUUUACAGCAACUAACUUUGUCCUUAAAUGGCUACUGUACAAAGUUAAAUUUUGUUGUAUGACAUGAGGGACAUAAGGACAUGUGUGCAUAAACUGAGAGUAGUUGUUUUCGAUGAAAACAUUUUUAUGAUACAUCACAAGGGGGACUUAGGCCGUAGUUCAACGUCCAGUAGCAGGAGGCUAAAACUACAAACUGGCAUUUCCAAGACAAACGCCAAAUCAAAUCAAAUUGAAGUGAUGCAGUCAUCUUUCUGUCUGUCUUUAUCUCUCUGUACUUUUUGAGCCAUUUUUUAGCUGCAUGUAGCAACUCAAUGUAAUAAUGGCUCAUUAUGAAAUAACUUAAAUGAUAUAAAACUUCAUGAGCUCAUUAUGUAAAAUCAUGGGCGCAUAACGUAAUAAUGUCUUUGCGCAUCAUGUAAUAAUUACAUUAUGAGUUGCUACAGCUGCAUCGUGGAGGAUAAUUCUGAACCAAAUAAAGUAAAAAUAAAUUUUAUUUUCAUAAUCCUGAUAUUCCUGGACAGUUCUACCACUUAUCAGUCCAACAUGUAAAUUAAAUUUAGACUGGGGUCUCAGUUUUUAAUGCACAAUUUGUGGGACAAACACACACAGUCAUGUUAAAAAAUGCUUGUAUUAUCAUCACCAUGGGAUAUUUCAGAUCUCAUCUCCCAGUUAUGUCAUUAACAACGUGGAGUUGUAGAUCAAGCAUUAAAUCUGACAGUGGGCAGGACGUAAAAAUAAAAGACAGGUUGCCCACAAUACUGAGGAGGAUAAGGCAUGAAUAUAUCAUUCAUACAGAUAUAUCCAUGUUAUCUGUGCUCGUGUUUUCCAUAAAUCAUGUGUUUUCACUGGAUUGUUGUAAACUAACAGUCUGUGAUGUGGACACAGCAUUAGAUACUGUUAGCUAACACCACCCAUCCACAACUGUUAUCUCAGCUUUGCAUCUCCUGUGGCUGUGAUUUCUCUUAAAUCUGUCCUGUUCUUACUCUUUCUUGGCUUCUACCAGGCUUGUUAUGAUAACCCUGUGGCUCUUCAUGAGCAUGCAAAUUAACAUUGUCUCCUUCUUUAUGCAAGGUAGCAGCAGAACCAACAUUAAAAAUCCAUAGUUGAUAAUGUUGAAUAUUAACUUACUCAGAGGGAUUUUCUUUUGUUACAUUACACAAUUUAACAUGUUAUAUUUUAAAAGGAAUGCUAAAAAAUCAAUUUCUGACACAGGGCUUCACUGAGAUCACCAAACUGCAAGUUGCCCUGUUAGUAAGUUGUAUAACCUCUGCUGAACUGCAGCUUUAACCAGAUAUACUUCUGCAUUUCUCACUUUUACCUGUAAAAUAUUAUGUGCUUGUGGAAGAAAAUGAUUCUAUUGGACUAAGUACCAAAUAUUCAGACUCAUUGAGCAGUACUGAAAUACAUCUUUUUCCUCAAAACAUUAUUUUCACGUUCGUUUUGGCUCUUACGUCAGAGCGUUGUAUGGAUUUUAAGCUUGGCUGUUACAGUAUGCAUUUUUUAAAAUGUAUUUGUGUGAAGGAGCUUUAUUCAAAGGACUGGCAGAGGGUCUGCAUUUGAAGCAACUGGUACCAUAAAAGAGUAAUUUCAUCGUUUCAUCCUGCUGCUGCUGCUGCACGCUCCGGAUUACUAUCAUUAGUUCUCUAAAAUGAAGGCCAUGAAUUUGGCUCAUUUAUAUGUACAAUGUAAAAAUAAUAAAGAUGCUGCAACUGAACUGAACAACAAACAUUUUUUUUCAAAGACUGACCAGCUUAACUCAUAAACAUGACAAAUGGCUGCUUCUUUGGGUGGAUGAAUUUGUAGCAUUUCUAUCACCUCCCUUUUUUGCCUUAAUUGGGUCUUUUAUAAUGCUGUUGAUGUGUGUUUUUGUUCAGGUUGUGGUGAUGAAUGGCUGUACUUCUCUAUUCUCGUGUAUUGGCGCAGUAAUUUGUGACCCUGAAGGUAGGUUCACAACACACUGACGCAUUCCCACUCACACAGACACACAGACACACAAUGCAUUUAUAUCAGAGCUUUACAAACAUAAUGUGUUUGUCUUUUUUCUAUUGAGAAAUGGUAUUGUCAAAGAAAAGGAUAAAGAGAACUGGGUAGCUAGGAAAAUGUUACUUUUAAACAGCUACAUUACUUAGCAUUAACAAGAACAGACUAAGUAGAAAGGGACAUAAAAAUUCUGAACCAUGUUUAAUUCAAAGUCAUUUAAUCAGAGCUACUGAGAGGAAUUUAUGGUUCGUGUCGGUAUUGGCAUCCCGUGUGGACAAGGCAGUCUUUACUUAUCUGGUCCUUUACAUGCUGAAGUUGUGACUUUUCACAUAAAUUUCCAUAGACUGUAUAUAAGAUGGACAGCCUGGUUCCGCCUUCCGCCUGUAUACGUAUUUGAAGCCAAAAGCUCUCGGUAAUUCUGGGUUUUUCUCCACUUCCUUGAAACCAGAGCUGUGCAGUAGCGUUGUACGCAGACGUUUUUGGCUGGGCGGGAGACUCUGAGCGAUGACGCUCAACUCAAAAAGCAAUUUCCUGUUUUUAUAACUCCUAAUAACUUUUUAAAAUGGAGCUGCAGAGAGAAAAGAAGACCUGAACACAAACCAGUCUAAUAAUAACUACAUGUCAACAUCGCAGUCGGGGGUGAGAAAAGUGUAUUUUCUGUUAAAUUAAUUUCUAAAGGGCGUCCGCGGCUCCAUUGACUUUGCUGGCAGAAGUGGGGUUUAUUACUUGUACUGCAGCCAGGCUCUAGGGGGUGCUGUUCUCGGAGUGGCUUCACCCGGCGAGGAGACAGACGGCGUCCAUCUUAUAUACAGUCUAUGUAAAUUUCACUUCAAGCAUUACUGGCUAAACCCACAGGAUCUGGAAUGGCUCCACUCCGCUCUGCUCCGGACCGGCAGGCGGAUCAGAUUCGCAAGCAUACAGCACCCACCGGAUCCAAUCCGCCGCCACCAUCGGAGAAGAAGCACUCAUGAGACUACUGAUAUUUCUCGCGAGAUUGGACGAGAUCUCACGAGAUUUCGCGUGUUUCCCCGGGGGUCAUAUAAACGGCGGUGUAUCUAAACAUCCACAUCCCACAACCCUGGCCUCUCCUAUUAUCAAGUUAACAAGAGUUCAAUGUAUUGACUUUAUUUUAUUUUGAAAAUUAACCGGAUAUUUUACUCUGUAACCGCAUAAAACUUCUGCUGCUGCUCAUGCUGCGCUGCACUGAAUUGAUGCGCCAUGCUCCAGCAUCCGGCAAAAGUAGAAGCACACACACACACACACACACACUGAUUUCAGGUAUAAAAAAGUACAAUAUAAAAGCCACAAAUCUUUAGCCUGGCUGGGCCAUCCUGUUGCGUGAAUCACUUGCCGUUCCUUCCCACAACAGUCUGGACUUCGGCCAAUUGGGAGCGUGUAUUAGCGAUCAGAAAAUAACCGGGCCAAUCAGAGACCGUGUUUCCACUGUUACCCGGACAACAGGGAAAGGCAGCCCCUGAUUGGUCCAUGUCCAUCCCGUUUAUAUCCGCAGAAGACAUCGGAUAUAAACGAUUUCUGCCGACUUUGCAGAGUCAAGUGCAGAAUUAACGGCGUUCUGAAUGAACGGGGCUUUGAAAAGUCCCGCAGCAUGUGUUAGACGUCACCAUCUACACAUGGACCAAUAAGGGGCUGCCUUUCCCUGUUGUCCGGGUAACAGUGGAAACACAGUCUCUGAUUGGCCCGGUUAUUUUCUGAUCGCUAAUACACGCUCCCAAUUGGCCGAAGUCCAGACUGUUGUGGGAAGGAACGGCAAGUGAUUCACGCAACAGGAUGGCCCAGCCAGGCUAACAAAUCUUGUCACUGAUGGUCUUGUCUGCUUUUGAGUACCAUGUAAAUGUAGGACUAUAAAUAUCAGUCUGUUUCUUAACUGUCAAAAAACUCCUCAUAGGAGCUUCAAAUAUGUAGGGAAAGAUGAGACUGCUUUGUGCACAUGGGGGCACCAAAAUUGGCAAAAAUUGAAAGUUCCAUACAGGAGCUUUAAGUUGGGGCUUUAAGUUUUAUUUUAUUUUAUUUAUUUAUUUUAUUUUAUUUUUUUAUCCUGCUGAUGAUAAAAUAAAAAAAGAAUCAAAAAGAGUUUCAGUCUGUUUCAAAAAUGUCAAAAACUUUGUACAGGAGCUUAAGGCAAUGUCAUAUUGUCCUAAGAGGCAAAUAGUAUUCUUCUUUUUGUGCCACCAACUGCAUCAUACAUUGUAAGCCAUUCAUUUGAUUCAUCAUCAGAUUACUGCUUUUUUCAGCAGCCAUUGCUCAUUAACUUCCAACAGAGCCAUAAAAAAAGAACUUUUACCAGCUACAACAGUAGCUUGUAAGGGUCACUAAUAAUAGCUAUUAAUGCAUCUAAUUGACUUUUUUUUUUUUAUUUAUUUACAAAUGAGAGUUUUAUUAGGUAUAUGGAAACAGGUCAGUAAAUGCCAGUAUGAUUAAUGCAAAAAGGUAAAGCUGAGACGUACGACUUAGAAUUUUAAGAGAUAAUACAUGUCAUGGGAAUGAAAAAAGCAGGUAAAAAUGAAGUAGGGUUAUGCUAAGAUCUCAAACUAAAAUCACAGAGUCAGACAGAUUAAUGAGAUAAGGCAUCUUUAGUGAUUUAACACUGUUUGUGUUGUUGAUUCUGUACCUUUAAGAAAACUGUGUGUUUUGAUUUUCAACUUGCAGAUGCCAUUCUCAUUGCUACCCCCUUCUACGGUUCCAUCUGUGAGGAUGUACUCUUAUACAGCGGUGUCAAACUGUUUCAUGUUCCUCUGGACUGUGAGGUAGGAACACAGAGACUGAGCUAUUUACACUGCUUGCCAACUAUUCCCACAGUGUGAUCCUCAUUGAUUACACUGACUGUCGCCCAUGUUUACAUUCACCUGGUCUCUGAACUCUUGUAUGAGGGUGUGUUGUCUGUUGGUGUAUAUUUAAUGUUCCUUUUCUUUUAAUUGACAGGCUGAUGGCAAAGACAGCCGACCCUUUCAGCUUACUGUAGAGAAACUGGAAGAAAGUCUGAAAAAAGCAAGGCAAGAGGUAAUUUGUGAAUGCCUUGUUUUUCUGAAGCACUCUCCGUAAAUGAAAAUAUGAAAGAGGCCAAACCACUUGAAACAUGCUGUGGUAGAGGUUUUUUUUUUUUUUUCCAGAUAAAUGCCUUGGUUGCUCUAUAAGUCAGACAGUUUUUACUUUAUCUCUUAUUUAGACUGUGAAGAUGCAGGAGUUCAGUCUAUGUGCAUUUAGAGGUUGUUUGUCUUUAUUAGGGGAUGAUCAUCCGAGCUGUUAUACUGAUGAACCCUCACAACCCUCUGGCUGAGAUCUACACCCCCCAGGAGAUGAUCGCCUUCUUAGAGUUUGCCAAAAAGUAUGUUUACUCCACACUUAGCCCACACAGGAGGUCUAAGUCUAUUUUCCUGCAUGCUUAUAGUCUUGGGGCCCCUUUCUGCAAAUCACCAAGGCGCUGCUGCAUACAGCUGUUAGUGUGACUUUUUCUAUUUUAUGGACAGGAGCCCUGUCUCAUGUGUGGAAUUUCUCCUGAUGGAGUUUUAUCACCUCUCUUAAACAUCAACAUAUUGUGAAUUGCAGUGGUGUGCCAGGGAGACUCUGGAAAUGAUCUGUCUGAAAUUAUUCCCUCUGCAGGGUCUCGCAGGCACUGAGCUGUUGUUACCGUAAACAACAGUUUUUAUACACUCAAUUAGGAUGCUAGAGAAACAGUUUAAUUCUUGAGCUGAUUAUUUUGUCAUACUCAUUUAUUAACAUAAGGCCCAGGUUUAUAAUUUCUGCACUGAAUCCCCCCCCAACCCCCGCCCCUUCAUUUCCUGCUGCAGGAAUGAGCUCCAUGCCAUUGUUGAUGAACUGUACAUGCUGUCAAUCUUUGACCAAUCUGCCACCUAUCAAAGUGUCCUCGGUUUAGACAGGUACUGCAUGAACCUUACCUCUUCAUCAUUAUUCUAUUACACCCUACUUAAUAGCAACUGUGGCUGAAGAAAGCCCCCUCACCUCUUAAUGAUGUGCUUGUCUUUCAGUUUGCCCGACCCGCAGAGGACACAUGUAAUGUGGGGAAUGAGUAAGGUAGGAGCUGUUACUGUAAGGCUUUAGGGCUGCACGAUAAAUCAAUUUUAAUUCAUAAUGGGAUUAUUUGAUUAUGACGAUGUAAAAAAAAUUAAAAUCGUCAAAUAGAUUUUCUGCUCUAUCAAGUCUUGCACCUCCAGGUCACCAUAGGCUCCCCCUUCCUGCGAGAGCGCGCCCCAGUUCCCACACACAGCAGUGUAAACGAACAUGGCGUUUGCAAAGGAAGGCGAUAAUUUUGUGGCUAAAUAGGGAAAGGGCAAGUCAGUCAUACGGAAUUGGUACAGCUUCGCAAUUUCGGACGAAGAGCAAACCACUCCCCGCUGCAAAGUUGCCGAACCGGCAUUUCGGGUGACUCUAAACAGUACUAUCUAUCGGAUAUGAGAGUGCAUAAAUCCGUAAAUAACUACCAUUUCAUCUCCAUGUGGAUGUCUAUCUGCAUCGCUCUUGAAACGAUUAUGUCACACACAGCGCAACUCUUUUAUGGCACCUGGGCAUGUCCGGCCAAAACUACCUUAAUGCGCAUGCUCCGUACUCUUUUUUUGUCUUUUGUGCAUUUCCUGGGCAGCGUUACAGCGCUACUUACUGGCCUGGCAUAUGCACUACAUUGUUUUCAGUGGUUUGGUUUUGAGACAUGAUAGAAAAUCUUAUUUGUAAAGUUAAAUUUGGUUAAGUUGUCACUGAAUAAAAAAAUCGAAAAUGGGGUUUUCAGAGAAAAAAAUCUGAAUUUUAUUUUUGGCCAAAAUCGUGCAGCCCUAUGAGGCUUUUUUGUAUGCCUGUGAACAGUGAGAGUUCAGUUUUAUCUUUCUGUAGAACUUGUUUUUUUUUCUCUCAUGACUAUCUCAAUUACUCUCUCUUUUUUCCAGGACUUUGCAAUGUCAGGAAUUAGAGUUGGCACACUGUACUCUGAGAACAGAGAUCUGGUGGCGGCUAUGGCACGGCUGGGCUCGUUUCACACUGUCUCUGGAAUCACUCAGCACCAGGUGGCACAACUGUUGCGGGACAGAGGUAUGGAUCGAAACUUUGAAUACUCAUUCUUUUCUCUUUAGACAAUCAGCCCUCAGUCAACACCAUCACAUAAGAUAAGGUAUAAUUGUAUACCCAACUUUCCAGGGUCAGAUCAGUCCAAAGUCAUGUGUAUAAGGUAUUUAAAUGCGAAGAGAUAGUGCCUUGAAUAGAAUAGUACUUUUUGUGUUACUAGUUACAAAAGUCAGUAAAUUACAUCAAAGAUAGUUAUUGCAGUUAUACCGUAUGAUAGUAAGAAGCUGAGCUGCAUCAGAAAAUUAGUGCUCUUGCGUAUGAUUUCUCAAAAAUCCACAUAAAUCCACAAAUCAAGCUGUUUUUCUGGUUGGGUAAAAACCUAAAAAAAACAUAAUCCAAAAUUAUUUACAAUUUGAAGCUCCUGUAAAGAGUUUUCAGUUUGUUAUGAAACCAAAUGGCAUGAACAGAUUUUUUAUAACCCAUAAAAGCAAGUAAGACUAUCAGCAACAGGAUUUACAUCUGCUACGUUUUAUUAGCCUCGCUGCAGCAGAUAUUCACACUGAACUAUGAGUUUGCGAGCAGCAUGAGAUUUUUUCAUCAGAAAACACUUCUCGCACAUGAACAGGAUGAAACUGGAGCACAGUAUGGACUAGAGCUGUACUCUGUGCUGCAAAAAGCUGUCAACAUUCGAGCUGCCUCACCUUUCGUCUGUUCUCACUGUUAUCUUCCAGACUGGGUCGACAAGGAGUUUUUGCCAGAGAACAGAAGCAGACUUAAAGCUGCUCACAGUUUUUUGAAGGAUGAGCUGCAGAGUUGUGGCAUCCCCUACCUGGACUGGCCUGCUGCACUGUUCACCUGGGUGGACCUCAGAAAGGUGCCUUUGAGAUGUUUGCUGAUAUUUUAUUGAUUCAAAUUUCUGUUUUUUUUUCUGUUGCAUUAAAAAUUUUAUUUCAACAAGUUUCACGGUUUCUCUCUGAUGAGUAUUCCCCUAGGCUUCACGUAUGCCUCUGUUUCCCAAUUUCUCUAGUACCUAAGAGAGGCGUCAUUUGAGGAGGAGUUGUCCCUGUGGAGGCAUUUCCUCGAACACAAGGUGGUUGUGAGCUGCGGCCAGGCCUUCUUCUGCUCCACACCUGGCUGGUUCAGGAUUAUCUUUGCAAAUGAACCACAUAUCCUGCAGCUUGGUCAGUCUUUUGCAAAACACUUAACUACAAACUGGUUUGUUUCUCUUCUGUUACUUUUCAUGCCUGCUCAUCUUUUGAGCUCCAUCUCUGGACUCAAAAACCUGUUGAAAAAAUUGAAUGUCCUUUUCAGAUCAAGUGUGAUUGUGUUAUGUUUUCUAUUUUAAACAAAACAGAUUGGUGUCAUUUCAAGACAUUGAUCUUUUCUGCAUGUCGCGCAGUAGCAUCCACUAAGUACACUCAGUAUUUGUGAGAAAGUACACUCAAUUUCUACUUUCUCACUAUUUUCUCAGAAAUUAUGUUUUUGUCUAUCAAAGAAACAUUUCACCAUGUUAAAUAUAGCUGUUAAGGAUGAGAAUCACCAUUGGCCCCACAAUGCAAUAUUGUUUUGAUCUUUAACAUUCUGCAAUACAUUUAGUAUUGCGAUAUAAUGUAUUGUGAUUUAUACAAAAUUUUCAACUGUUUAGCUAAUUUAGCGUUUGUCUUUCCUUAAUGUUUGUCUUAUUUAAACAGCAUUUUAUUUUCAUGUAGCACAUCUUGCAAUCCUUAUGUGUCAGGUCCAUCUCAUUUGCUUCCUGUUUGCAUUCCUAAUGUCUUUCCCUUAGGUGCUGCUAUAUUUGUUGUACUAACUUUCUCCUGCUCUAAGAUGUCACCUCUGCCAACCUCACUGGACAAACAGUUGAUUUGAUUUUUCCAUUAUCAUAGAUUUGACUUUAUAUUAAGAAUUAAUUUAAAAAAAAAUCGAUUCUUGGUACAUGAGACGACAUGUCUUGACUAUCACUGACUAUCACCAGACAAAAUAUCACGAUACUGUACUGUAUCGAUUUUUUCUCCCACCACUAAAAGCUGUCUCAGUUAAAAACCAGAUGUUGAACUGAUACUGUGAGAGGAAAAGUAAGUUGGUAUUCUCCAGUUAGCUUGAGUGAAGUUGCUUUCAACAUAAAUAUCUUAAAAUUUCAGGGGAGAGCCAUCAGAAUAAAGAAUAGACUUAAUUUUGAAUGAAUUUUGGCAACAUGAAAUGAUACUCAAAGUAAUAAUCAUAAAAAUAAUUCUCAGUAAAAUCAUAUUGAACGAAUAGAGUGGAUGAAAAUACCUUUCAUACACCUAAACUACUUCAGUGUGUUGUAGUGGCUUGGCUUUGUGCGUUUCUUUGAGGGGUAUCUUUGGUAUGAACAGGCUUAAUUUCAUGGAGACUAGCUUGUUGCUACUCUCACCAUAUUUCAUUAUAUAUGAUAACAGUUAUUAACCUACUCUGUAAAUAUUUUGUGCUUUUUCAGGCCUGAAGCGAUUUAAGGAGGCUCUGAAAGAAAUUGAAGAAAUAAACACCAGCUGUGAUUCCAAAUGUAAUAAGAGGAGAGGAUCAGUGAAAGACGACAGUGCAGAUUUAGACAAAGCUGCAAUUGUCAACUUGACAUCAUCGCCCCAGAGCAAGUCAUCCGACCAGCUGAAGGAGAAGGACAGCCCUGUUCCUGACACUGCCUCACUGGCCACCGAAGAGCUUGUGUUGCUGGACUGCCAAGCGUCAAAGCCUGAAGAGGGUCUGGACUCUCUGAUCGACACUCUCAGGCACCAGAUCCGCUCUUCUGAUUGGCUUGAGAAAAACACUCCGGAGCUGUCUGGUGGGGAGGACCCAGAGAUUUUUGAUGUAUUCAAGGCCCUGCUGCAAAGAGCCAGGAAGUAA